GAAGCGUUAGGCGUCGAGACAACAAAUCUCGCCUCGUCUCGUUCGCCUGUCCUUCGGCACUGCUGAUCUCCCCAUACUCACUGACCACUCCCGCACAAGUCUGAUCUUGGAAUCAUGAGCACAAAUCAAGAUCUAGAGAUCCAGAAGCUUAAGCUCCUGAUAGAGGAAAGGGAUAUCGCGCACCGGGAGGCGAUGAGAAGUAAGGAGGAGGAUCUUCGCAAAGCGCAAGCAGAAAUAUCUCAUCUACAAAGCUCUGUUUAUCAAUCGCAAGUAGUUCAGCCCGCGGGUCCGAGCAACCUCGAUGCCUCUUCUACUGUUCAUAAUGAGUUCCAACUGUCAGGUACUCCUGCCACUCCUGCUACUCCUGCCAUUCCUGCCACGCCUGCCACGUCCUUCUAUCAAGAUGGCAUGUCGAGAAGUAAUACAGUUCCUCGAAGCAACGGUAUACAUGGGUAUAGUCGUCAUGAAGGUGCUGCACGGCCAUCUAACCGACAUAGCCAUCAUGGUGGACACGCCAUCAAGCGUGCCAGAACCAUGUCCCAGCAAGCUCCGGUUUCUCAGAAGAUGGACCGUAUCGGUUCAAACCUAUCCACCCAAUCCGCCGGCCCCUUCACCGGCAAUGCCCCGAUAUCUCCACCGUCGCGGAUACAUAACACCGGCAUGCAGAUGAGGAAUGCGGGUAUCGCGGGCAUCGCGGGCAUCGCGGACUACGCAGAUAAGGACGAGCCUAUAUCGUCUUACGCCCUUGCGCAUUCGCAGUCUCUGCGUUCCCAGUCGUCAAAGCAUCGACAUGAUAUGCCUACCCUGUCGGAGACGGGUCCCAUGACAGGCGUGAUGCUCGAUCCCGAAGUAUUCUUCUCCCAACAUCCAUUUUCCGAAGAACCUCCCCAAGCGGCGGACUCCUUCGGAUCGUCGGUCCCCUCGCAGAACCACGAUGUUGACGUACCCCAAUUCAACAUUACUAACGUGUCCGUCUGCGGUUCGAUGACAACGGCGCCUACGUAUGAUACGGCACCGAUGACCCGGCAGAACAGCUUGUUCGACAACCAAUCCGUCUCCGGUGGCGUUCGUAUGAUGAGCCUCGGAUCGCAGAUGUCGCAAGGUGGUGAGGCGUAUUAUCAAGAAGCGACUCAGCAAAACGGCGGCAGCGGAGAUAACUCGCCUCUAGGAAAGCGACCUUACUGUAGCGAAGACGCCCUCAUCGCCGUCGGGUCUAGCUUAGCACCACCUUUCGCUCAUCAAUAUGCCGCUUCGGCUCCUACCGACGCGCUCCUCGCAUCUUCCGACAUGGAACGAUCGGUAUCCAGCGCGAGCAUGGCCAGCACCAGAUCGAGUUCGUCUUUGAAAGUCCGGGCCAAGGAUACCCUGAAGUUACAAUGUCAGCGUGCCCUGAUCGCGCCCUUGAAGCCCAAGCCGAGCACCGAACAGAUGCCGGGCGAGUCGCAAGCCAGCGCUAAGAAGGACGGCAAGACUGCCAUCGCGAAAACCAAAUACGUACGACCGAAACAGCCAAAGGUCUUCUGCGACCAGUGUGACGAGCACAAGGACGGCUUCCGCGGAGAACACGAACUUCGCCGCCAUAGGGAUGCCAAACAUCAAACGACCGUCAAGAAAUGGAUCUGUGUCGAUCCGGCUGCCCACGGCCUCCCCAUCGGCAUUCCCGCGGUCAACCCUCUCAGUAAGUGCAAGGCCUGUAAAGCGCAGAAGAAAUACGGCGCGUACUACAAUGCGGCCGCACACCUCCGUCGCACUCACUUCAAGGAAAAGCCGUCGCGACAGAAGAACAAGGGUAACGGAAACAACCGUAGCGACGAAGACAAGCGUGGCGGCAAAGGAGGCGGUGACUGGCCCCCGAUGAGCGAGCUCAAGAACUGGAUGAAGGAGAUCUGGGUAAACAAGUACGACCUAGACGAUGACGACGAUGGCGAAGACGAUCUUAGUCACCCCAUCGUGGAUCCAGAAUCCGGAGUGAUGGAAUCGUACCCUGGCGAGUUCAACAUACCGCACAAGAUGGCUGGUAAUAUGUUUGGCGAGGUGGAUUAUAGCAAUCUUGUCGUCAGCACCGACGUCACUUACAUGAACGGAAUGCCACUCUCGUCUGCUGAUUUUAACUUUAACAAUGCCAUGUCUCCAACCUCGAUUUCUCCCAGUUUCGCGCCAGAUCUUUCAGCGAUUGCUCCCCCAGACCAUAUGAACCAGUUCAGCUCGGCCUUAUCGUCAUCCGCAACUGUCACCCCGAUGACAAUAUACCACGAAGUGCCACAGCACAUGGACGAGUUUGACUUCGGCAUGGUCUAUUCUCAAUAAUCCUACCUGCUUGUUCCUUUCUUUUUUUUAUAUAUAUUUAUCGGCAUAGAAAGAGAAGUUAGAGAAUUGGUAUCCGGAUAGAGUUACGAGAAGAAGCAAAACCGAA